CCCAGCCGCCAGCAUGCCGCACGCCUUCAAACCCGGAGACUUGGUGUUCGCCAAGAUGAAGGGCUACCCACAUUGGCCCGCCCGGAUUGACGACAUUGCUGAUGGUGCCGUGAAGCCCCCGCCCAACAAAUACCCCAUCUUCUUCUUCGGUACACAUGAGACAGCUUUCUUGGGACCCAAGGACCUGUUUCCCUAUGACAAGUGCAAAGACAAGUACGGGAAGCCCAACAAGAGGAAAGGCUUCAAUGAGGGGCUCUGGGAGAUCCAGAACAAUCCACACGCCAGCUACAGUGCACCUCCGCCCGUGAGCUCCUCAGACAGCGAAGCCCCUGACGCCGACGCCGUGGGUGGGAGUGACGCCGACGAGGAUGGGGAGGGCCGGGGGGUCAUGGCUGUGACCGCCGUGGCCACUUCCGCUGCCAGUGACAGGAUGGAGAGUGGCUCGGACUCGGGCAAGAGCAGCGACCACAGCGGCGGCCUCAAGCGGAAGGCCCCGGCUUUGAAGAUGUCCGUGUCGAAACGUGCCCGGAAGGCCUCCAGCGACCUGGACCAAGCCAGCAUGUCCCCGUCCGAAGAGGAGAACUCAGAAAGCUCUUCUGAGUCUGAGAAGACCAGCGACCAGGACUUCACACCCGAGAAGAAGGCCGUGGGCCGGCCCCCGAGGCGCGGCGCUGUGGGGAGGAAGAAGAAGACCCGCGCCCUCACGGCCUCUCCGCAGAAGGUGGCCGUGGCCUCCGACUCGGACGCCGACUCCGAUGGGCCCAAGGACCAGCCCGCGCCUGCGGCCAGGUCGGCUUCCUCCUCGUCCUCGUCCUCCUCCCCACGCGCACCGCCGUCCUCCUCCGACUCCGAGCCUGAGCCCGGGCAGGACCGGGAGGGGAAAAAGUCCACCAAGAAGCAGCAGCAGCCGCCUCUGGAACUGGCGAGGAAGCCCAGCCAGAAGGAGAAGAGAGGCCGCCCGGAGGAGAGGCCCCGAGCCAAGCCCCUGAAGGUGGAGCGAACCCGGAAGAGGUCUGAGGUGCUCCCACCUGACAGAAAGGUAGAGAAGAAAAAAGAGCCUUCAGUGGAGGGGAAGCUACAGAAACUGCACAGUGAGAUCAAGUUUGCCCUGAAAGUGGACAACCCGGACGUGAAGCGGUGUCUCAGCGCGCUGGAGGAGCUGGGGACGCUGCAGGUGACCUCCCAGAUCUUGCAGAAGAACACGGAUGUGGUGGCCACGCUGAAGAAGAUCCGCCGAUACAAGGCCAACAAGGAGGUGAUGGAGAAGGCGGCCGAGGUCUACACGCGGCUCAAAUCUCGCGUGCUGGGCCCCAAAGUCGAGGCCGCCCCAAAGGGUGGCCGCGCUGGCACAGAGAAGGCCGAGGCCGAGCACCCUGAGGGGCCCCCAGAGGAGGCGCCCAAGAACAAGGUGGAGGGCGAGCCAGCGGCCGACCUACCCGCCCCAGUGAAUGGCGAGGCCACGUCCCAGAACGCCGAGAGCACCGGCGACCACGAGCAGGACGACGCACUGAACUCCGAGGGGGGUCCCCGGGGUGACUCCUCUGAAGACCUGCACGACGACCUGCAGGAGGGGCCUGACCUGAACAGGCCUGGAAACAACCGGCCGGAGCAGUCACAGACGGACUCGGAGUCCUUGGAUGAGGAGAGCUGAACCCACCCACCGCCCCGCGGCCCGUCUCCCCCACACCACCCAGGACAGCAGAGGACUCGCGGGGAGGCACAGCCGAGCCUCUGGGCUGUCUGCCUGGAGGCUGCGGUUUCAAGCCGACAUGAGAUGAAUAUAAAGGGUUUUUUUUAAUGAAAGCACAAUCAUUUU